AUGCCGAUACCUGAGGGACCAUGGAUGGAUAUAUCGAUGGAUUUUGUUACUGAUCUCCCUGAGAGCGAUGGAUACAAUGCAAUCUUGGUUGUGGUAGAUAGAUUAACUAAAAUGCGACAUCUAAUACCAACGACUAAAGAGGUAGAUUCAAAGGAAGUAGCAAGGCUAUAUAUCGAUAAUGUUUGGAAGUUACAUGGAUUACCUGAUACUAUUGUAUCUGAUCGAGGGACACAGUUCGUUGCGGAAUUUUGGAAGUCGCUUUGUGAUCGGUUGGAAAUAUCACCAAAAUUCUCUACUGCAUUUCACCCUCAAACAGAUGGACAAACGGAAAGAAUCAAUGCCGUAAUGGAACAGUACCUCCGAAGCUAUAUUUCUUACCAACAAGAUGAUUGGGCUCGAAUGCUACCAAUGGCUGAAUUUGCGACAAACAAUCAUGUCUCCGAAACAACAAAGGUCUCCCCGUUCUAUGCUAAUUCGGGAAGAAAUCCAAGGAUGACUUUUGGCCCUUUGGAACAUGGUCGAACGACGGCGGAGGAUCAGGCGAACCGUAUUGCAAGAGAAAUGAAGGAUGUAAUGGAUUUUCUAAGAGAAGAGAUGUUUCGGGCGCAAAAGAUACAAGAAGAAUCAGCCAAUAGAAAUCGAACUCCAGCUCCUCAUUACCAUUUAGGAGACAAGGUUUUCCUAUCAACUCGCCAUAUUCUAACGAAACGACCUUCCAAGAAAUUCGAUUGGAAACGUAUUGGACCCUAUAGCAUUAAGCGGAUUGUCAACCCCUAUGCUUAUGAAUUGGAACUUCCCCGAUCGAUGAAAAUACAUCCAGUAUUUCAUGUCUCAUUAUUGUCUCCUGAAGCAGGCAAUCUUCUACCUGGACAACGACAGUCGCCACCACCUCCGGUUGAGAUCGAAGGAGAGGAAGAAUGGGAAGUUGAAGAUAUUUUGGAUUCGAGGGAACGAAGAGGAAGGUUUGAGUACUUGGUACGAUAUACAGGAUAUGAUGAAGUCUCCUGGCAACCACUAUCGGACCUUGAGCAUUCAUCUAAUAUUGUCAAACGAUUCCACGAACGUUAUCCGGAGAAACCUAAGCCUACCAGGAGGUAG